AUGGUGAAGUCUGAAGAUUCAAGGACUGCAGAAUCACUUGUGACUCUUCACAGAGGCAAUUUAGUGUUUCCCAAGCUAUCUAAAUUCAAUGUGGGGGGAUCUAAUCUUUCAGAAAUUACCAAUUUUCUUUUGACUCUUGAUUGCAUGGCCACAUUAACAAGACUUGAUCUAUCAGGAAGCAAUUUCAUUAGUCUGCCCGCAUGCAUUAUCAACUUUGUCAACUUGCAUGAACUUCGGUUGGUUGGUUGCAAGAGACUUAGAGAAAUUCCGGAACUUCCCCAAGAAAUGGAAGUUUUAGAUGUGAGUGAUUGUGUAUCAUUGGAAAGAGUUUCAAAUUUGUCCAACAUUUUGGAACGUAAAGAGUCUCAAAUGAUCUCUGAAAUGAACUUGACUAAAUGUUGGAGACUGCGUAACAAUCUGGUUCGCUUUGCAAAGAAGAAAAAUAUGUUCAUAAAUCAGGUCAAUCUCUUCUCCCUCUUUCUCUCGUCUCAGCAAUCUUAUGUCGAGGUUGUAUUUCCAGGAAGUGGAAUUCCAAAGUGGUUCAGUUGUUGUCGGGAUUUGAAGGAUCUUCGCGAAUGUGCAUUCUCCAUUAAAAUCCCUCAAAACUUCAAAUUUGAGAACAAAGGAUUGGCUGUCUGUGCUUUUCUUGAAAAAACCAAAAAUAGGUUCCAUUUUGAUACUAAGCCCAAACUUAACAUCAGGGAUUUUUCUAUUGAUAUUUACUUAGAUGAACGACGCACUGAUAAUACACAUUCUACAGGGAAAGGGUCAACUGUAGUAUGGCUGUGGUAUAUUCCAUUCUUUGUAAUAAUGUCGGUCAGGGAAUCCUUAUGGGAGUACGAAUGCAUGAAAGGAAGAGCGAAAAGCUCAUGGGUGAUGCCACCUUAUUUGCCUACACUUCGAGUUCAUUUUGUGCGCAUUAGCAAAGCUGUGAAAAGCUGCGGAGUCCACCUAGUAAUGCCACCAGGAUGA